CUAUUUCAUCUGGGCUUCUUAAUCUAAGCUAGUAAAAUGACCAACUUUUCUUCUUUUCUUCUAUUUUUUCUAACAGCCGGGGCUUAUAUGACUCCAGAGUGUUUCAGCAUGGAGAUUAUUGGAGGGAGAGAAGUGUCCCCUCAUUCCAGGCCGUUCAUGGCUUCCAUCCAGUACGGCGCCACACACAUUUGCGGAGGCGUUCUGAUCCACCCGCAGUGGGUGCUGACGGCGGCCCACUGCCACCCUCGGUUUGUCCAAAGCCAGUCUGCCACAGUGGUUUUAGGAGCACACUCUCUCUCGAAGAAUGAGGCCUCCAAAAAAACGUUUAGGAUCAAAGACUUUAUACCGUUCCCAAGAUUUACGUCAGAUCCUGAAUCAAAUGAUAUUAUGCUGGUUAAGCUUCACAGGGCUGCAAAACUCGACGAGCAUAUCCAGCUGCUCUACCCAAGAUUCAAAAAUGAUAUUAGAGCUGGAACAAAAUGCCACGUUACUGGCUGGGGAGCCACCGACCCAGAAGAUUCAGACCCCUCUGAUACCCUGCAGGAAGUUACUGUUAGUGUCAUAAGUCGAAAACUUUGCAACAGCCGAAGUUAUCACAACCACCACCCUAUUAUAACUAAAGACAUGAUUUGCGCAGGAGACACCAAAGGCAAGAAGGAUUCCUGCCCGGGUGACUCAGGUGGCCCCUUGGUCUGCAAAGGUGCCUUAUAUGCCCUGGUCUCUGGAGGUGGUAAAUGUGGUGUUGCCAAGAAACCUGGAGUCUACAGCCUAUUAACCCAUAAAUACCAGGCUUGGAUCAAAAAUAAUCUUGAUCCAUCUCAUAGAAACUAAAACUACAAAUGAUUUUCUUGGAUCUACCAGUUGCUUGUUUCUGUUUUUCAUAACAUAUUCUACGGGUCAACUUGAUCUUCAGGUGUAGUUGGAUGUAGUUAAAGUGGAGCACAGUAAUGGGCCCCUCCUGCCCCGUUAGGACUAACUUUGUUAAGGAAUCAAGUUUUUUUUUUCACAUAUAUUGCUGAUGUAUUUCUACUAUGCUGAUUUCACUGAAUAAAAUUUAUAAAACUAUC